UAUUCGCAUUUUCCUGAUACCUUUCGCUGUGAACAGCAUCCAGUUUCUCUUUCUCUUCCUCUAUUCCUUUUCUGUGAGGUUGUGUGCUAUUUGUUGCAUUUGAGACCAAAGUAUCAGUAAUGCAAGGUGAGAAUCGUGUUCAUGUGCAUGUCAAUAAAAUAGGCUUACAAUUUGUGUAAUCAUUGGAGAUGGAAGCCAUCCUGUUUGACCUCUUGCAAUCUUCAAGUAUAGAAUCUGACUGUGUAUUAAAGUAUGGCAACUCUUCAAAAACAGUAAGCAGUCUUGUCCACAUGGAAAUCCAUGCGUUAAGCAUUCCCUUGUGAGAUAGAUGCUUACUUGUUUUGUAUGUUCCGUAACAGAAGCAUCAAUGUAACAUAUUCAUCAUCAGGUUUUUAGCAAUAUGUACUUUCAUUUUAGGUUAUUGUGAGGAUUAGUGUUUUCAACUCUGUUGGAUAGGAAUGACUUUCUUGUGAUAUAUAUUAAAGGACGUUUCUCACAAUAAAAUAUACUCAGGACUUCAACUAUCGCCACACAAACUGUAAUUCCAUGUCAAUAACUGAAAUUUUGCAUUAAGAUACACGAUAAAUUUUGAAUUGAAAAUGGUAGAUUCAAUUGUGUUGGUGAGAGUGGUUUUGUACCUUUUUAAUGAGAGGUAAUUGUAUUCAAUUCUGUCAGUGGUAAACCACAUUAUCUUUACACUUCACCCCUUUCUUCCUCUUAACAGUGUGCAUCCAUGUGUGUGAUCCGUCAUACAUUUAUUGACGUAUUGACUCACCAAUAAAUUAUCUUAAUCAAAUGGAAGGACUGGAUAUGAGCUUUAUAGUAUUUAAAAGCUGUGUAGAGUCCUUACCGAUGGUUCGUUUUGUAACAUUGGGGAGGGGAGGGGGGGCUACAUAUUUCUAUUCUGUUGCAUUGUAUACGUGCAACAGAUCAGUUACAUUUUUAUGAAAGUUGUUACAGUUAGUCCUGUGUAGUAAUAAGAAUAAUAAACAAAAUGUUGUAGUAUCAGACUGCUGAGUACGGUUUGUUUAGUGUGUCUCUCUUAAGUUUUCUCCUGCCUAUAAACCUCAUGAAAUAUUUUUCAUCUCGGUGUCCUGCCGGUGUCCAACCAAUCAGGAAAGACAUUUGAACGCCAGGGGUGCGGGUUGCGAGUGUGUUGAUGUUGCCUUGAUCCGUUCCACUCGGUUCCACCCCGUCGCCCGGUCCACAGUCCAGACAGUCCACCUCGUCCACCACUAUGCCGUGUGAGACGGUCUACAUCCGCGACGGCCAACGCGAGAUCCUGCUCGUCUACGGACUGGACGAGAAUGGCAACCGUUCCGUGGCAUACAUGGCCGAAAGGGCGGACCCCAAAUCUCAUUUGGUGGGCGUCGAGUACGCUGCCGCCGCGGCCGCCUCGGCCGGCGCACCGGGCAGUGUCGCGCUGGACUGCGGCGAGGUCCCCGCCGCCGCGGCCGCCUCCCCCGACGACGCCGUGCUCCAGCCGCUGCAGCGGUACUCCCCCGCCGAGGUCGCCUCUUCGCCGCAAAGCAACGACCUCGCGAUGACCGCGGUCGUGGCGACACAGUCCGGCCACCCCAGCCACCCCAGGCCGCUGCUGCCUGCCCUGCCUGCGCAACUGGCCCCGCAGUACGGCCAGCAGGAGGUGGACUGCUCGGGGUGGGUCGACCUGGACCUGACCGGCUACGCUCCCCUGUGCUCGCCGACGCCACUGCCUGGCGGGGCGACGUACACCAUCCUGGCCACCCCCGGCAUGCUGGAGGAGGAGCCCAGGACCCUCCACGAGCUGCAGGCGGUGAGGGAGUCUUCGUCGAGCCUGGCGCCGUGCUUCGAGUCCCCGCUGUCGCUCGCCGGCCCAGGGCCGUCGCUGCAAGCCUGUCGCGACGUUACGCCGCCCGCCCUGCUGGCCAUGGAGGCGGACGAGGCGACGCGCGCGCUGGAGCUGCAGCACGGCGCCGCGGUGCUGACGCAGCACAACCAGGCCGUCACCAGGCACCGCAGCCAGGCCGACAUCGAGAAAGACUACAAGAAAAACGCCUGCCAGCGCGAGCGCUGCCGGAUGCGGGACAUGAACCGCGCCUACGACCUGCUGCGGACGCACCUGCCCAUGGCCAAGAAACCUCCCAAGAAGCUGUCCAAGAUCGAGUGCUUGAGGCUGGCCAUCCAGUACAUCCGGGACCUGGAGGACGUGCUGAACGAGAGCCAGGGCGUGGGCCACAGCCACGGGCCCUGGCAGCCGGCCUGCGCGCCGCCCUCGCCGCCCUCGGCGUGGAGCCUGGCCAGCCUGGCUGGCGUGGAGGGCGUCGCCGCGGUGGCCGCGCCCGCCGAGGCCCUCUCCAGCUACGACGCCCUGUACGCCCCGCACUUGUUCUCGAGCGGCGCGUCGCCCAGGCACUACCACCACGACGCCGAGGGACAGCUCGCCCUCACCACCAUGCACUGGAGCUGACGAAGCUGGCGACGCGGCAACGACUCGCCGUGAUGAGUCGAAUCGACGCGCUUGCUCAUUUUCCUCUCGCCAAUGUUGGAAUCCUAGUCAGGUUUGAAGGCCCAAUCGAAUCUUCCAAGCCGAGGCGUUUCUGCGUACUACUUCUUAAAGUACUUCUGUCGGUUUACUUGUAAAAUGAACGGGUCAGCAUUCUGAACCGGGAUGUGAUAUUUUUGCUGUAGAGAUUUUAAUAACAAAUUA